UUGACAGGCGUGAUGGCAAAAUGUACAUGGCUACACGGCCCAGAAAAGAGGAAGUGAAACUUCCUGUAUGCAAAUCAGACUGUCGGAGAGAAGUCAAGCUCCUGUUUGGCUCGACUUUUUAAUCAUUAAGAACGACAAGCAUAGAGGACGAAAUCAACUCACAGGAAGAAGAAAGCGGGCAAGGAAACGAACAGGGAAAGUGAACGCGGAAAGGCAAGAAGCAAACAAGGACAGAAGGAAACGGGUCACAAGUGAGCAUUGAGAGGGAGUUGCAACAGAAAUGACAACAUGAGUGAGGUGACGUACGCCGUCGUCAACAAGCCGAAAUCGCAACCACCACAUGAAAACAGGACGUUCCCAAGAACAUUUCACAGCUCCCAUCACUAUGACAACAACCCACUGACGACAACAGCGCCGUUGUACAGCGUGGUCGGAGCUCCGGAGGGCGCUGUGAGUUUGAAUCGCACUGCCAACCGCACGGCGGGAUUAGCGGGAUUAGUGGUUAGCGCUGGUGUGGAGCAGGUGUCAGGCACACCCAACGAUUACGAAGACUUGUCCAUCUCGGUGACUGAUAUGAACGACACGAGUGUGCGUGACGGCCUCGAAUUUAAUUACCGGGUACAGAAGCCAAGAGGACCCAGAACGCCACCUGCUGGCUGGACCUGAAAGUCGUCCAUGAGGCACAACUAGUCAAAUUUGGAAUGUGUAUCAUGUAUGUUUAUCGUUGUCUAAAAUAAAAUUAAUGUUCUAAAUCUU